UUACAAAUUAAUAAAACUGUCAUUUUCAAUUUUGUUGUCAACUAGGCUUCCUCCUUAGGGAAUUUAUUUCUCCUUGCAAUAUACAUAGGAAACAUUAGUUUUGUGUGAAAGUACAUGUAGAAAAAUAUACCAAGUUGUACUCAACAUGGAUUUCAUGAUUCUCAAGAAGUUCAUUCUUCUCUUCCUCUUCAUAUUUGGAUCACUUUUGGAGACUUCUUUUGCAGGUCGAGGAUCAAACUUCAUCAAAAUCUCAACUGGAGAUUUGAGUGCAGUUCAAAAGGUAACAACAAGGAAUGAAAUGAAUGAGGAAGAAGUAAGCAACAUCCACGAGAGGCUUCUUAGGGCUAAUACAAAAGAUUAUGGACGAUAUGACCCAACUCCAACUUUUUCUAAGCCUCCUUUCAAGCUCAUACCAAAUUGAAUUAACGUUCAAUAAAUGAAUCUCGGAAGUUAUAUAUAGUAUCGUAAUAACAACUAAGUACUAUAAAUAAUCCAGUGUUUACCUUAGUGUAAUAUAUGCCCCAUAUAUAUCAUAUAAACAUGUAUAAAUAUAAAUGCUUAGUCAUGUUUUGAAGUCUAAUAUAGAGUUUUAUAAAAGAAGAUGUACUUGUGUUUUUGAA